CUGACUGAGCAUCAUGUACUAGUGUGAAGAGCUAGAUAUCUGCCCUUGUAUCAUUAUACAUUAACAGAAUCAAUGUUACGUCAUGUAUAGAUUGGUUAUAUCGACUAUUACAGCACGGCGUCAACAGCCUACCACAGUGAGCACACCUGUUUACUCCAGGUAAACACAGGGUUGUAAAUAACGGACCCCCAGGUCGCGUUCUCAUUCUCGGGUGUCAUUGGAUUACAGUUGAUCAGGGUUAAUGCAUGAACAGAACACAACUGAAGAUUGCCUGUCUCGCGUUUACAGUAAAUAAACAACAAUAUAUGUACUGACUACUACAAGACAAGAUGACAUCACCUGCGCGAGCCCCUUCGACCAUGUCCGACAUCGUGCUGGAGGCAGAGAGCCAGCUCCCCGAGGACUUCAACCCCUGCGUCACCGACACCUUCCUGGCAGUGCCGACUGCAGGCAUCGUCGUCGUGCCGUGGAGAGUGUUCCAAAUAUUCCCAGAGAUUGUACAUCCGAAAUUCCGGACUGUUGAUGACGAAAUCGUGUACGACGGUGACGUUAACAUCCUCAUGAGUGCAGCGUCGUUGUCAACGUCGGACCGGGGAUACAUGGAGGAACUCACACAGUCAUGGGUUAUUAAAGUUUCAACGGAGGAGGAGCUGGACACAGUGACGGGUCGUCUUUCCGCCUUCCCCUCCUUGCUGUGUGUUACUCUGACAAUCCGCAACGUCAUGGAAGACAAUUCAGAAAUACCCAUGGUCAUCUUCAUCAGCCCCGAGGCAAACUGCAUGAAGAACCUCACCUCCAAACUGGCCGACGUGAAAGAAGGAUUCGGGAAUGGCAAAAAGUUUUCAUUGGAGGUUGAUCUCGGCCCAUCGUUACAACAGUGGGGCAAGACAGUCUUGAGAAGAGAGUUCUUGAGCGUUGGAGGAAGAUUCUGUGUCACGAGUGGCGCCAUCUUUAAUCACGUGUUUGACUGGAAUAACAUACUGGGUUGUGUCCCUUGCCUGCCGUGUGGUGUGAUCGGCUCAUCUGCUUAUCGGAUCCACAGAAAGAUAAAUUACCAAGAUGAGAUCUUCGAUACAAUACAGGAUAUCGUCAUCAUUGGGACGAAAGGCUUGGACUUGUCAACGCAACAGGAAGCUGUGUACCUCUUGAUGCAGUGGAUUAAGGUAUUUCGACUGUACUAUUGUAUGGAUUGCCGACGCAAGAUGCCGCCGUUAGAAUCUGGAAGCAACAGUGGACCCUUUUGCACAUGUAAUGUCAGGAUCACAUCCUCGCCUGUUUUCGGAAAGAAUAAAGUGGCCCCUUUGGACGUGGGAGAAGACAGUUAUUGUGGCGAUCCGAACACGUCCAGAUCAGAAACAGGAACAUCUAUGACAGCAGCUGCAACAGUAACAUCAACGCAGGAUGGCAAGACGCAAUACCAAGAACUCCAUGGCGAAUCCAGAACACAGAAGACCCAAGGUAGAAAACAUAAAUCUAAACAGAAAAAGGUCAUUGAUGACAACGGGGGUCCUUUUGCCCCUUACCGAGAAAAGAUCGCUGGCAGGGCUAUAGCAAGGAGGAAGAAAGGGAUAACGCAACAGUGUUUGAAUCAAUCAGAAAUAGAGAUGACAAUGAACAUAUUAAAUGCGAGACAGCCAGGUGGUGGUGUUCAACCGAAACAAGCUGUGUUCAAAUAUCCAGCCAAAAGAAUAUCCGACCAGCAAAAGAAAGCAGGACAGCGCAGGAGGAGGUCAGGCUUUCAGGAGAUUCAGUUAAAGAUGGCUGAUGGCGCAAAGGGAGCUGAAGAAGGGGAAGCCAAUGUUGAGGCAUCUGACGUUACACUGGACAACAAUGGUGUAGCUAGUGAAGAUGGUUGUGUGGACAAUGAAGAUGACGUAAGGGAUGUUGGCUUCUUCUUCGUGGACACUGACAUGGACGAACAGUUUGAGAGAAAUCCACUUGGUCAAACGGACCUUCAGAGUUUCUUGACCUAUGAAAGGGAUCCGAAAACAGGCACUGUUAAUCCUGGUUUCGGUGGACAACCUGUUUUGAAACAGCCAAAGAAGAAAACGGAGAGCAUUGCUUGAAACAGCAUUGUUUGUGUUUAAUAUGUCAAUAUUAUAAUUGUGUUUGGUAUUUCAAUACUAUAAUUGUGUUUGUUAUGUGCACACUAUAACUGUGUUUUGUAUGUCAGUACUAUAAUCUGUGAUGCAUUACAAGUGCAUCCUCUGGGUGUAGCAUUCACCUUCAAUAAACUGCAGGGCAAAAGAAAGUAUACAUGCGAAAAUUGGAUUUGACCAAUACAUUACAAAUGUUUCCUUAACCUUACUAGGCCGAAAACAGUCGCCGACACACUGCAAACGUUAAGUCCAAAACAUAACUACGAUACCCGUAUCAAAUACAUCGCCAUCAAAUAACCAUUUUCUGUUUGUUUCCUUUUUAGCCACAGUCAAACAUGGGUGUUUUCUUUCUUUUGCCUGGCAGUUUAGUUGAUACACGCCUUCAAUGUAUUAAUAUGCAGAGAAAAUAUUUUUAUACCACACAUCUUAUAAUGACGAUAGCUGUUUUCAUGUUCACAUGGAAAUAGCGAGAAAUCACAUGGCAAUCUUAUCAUCAUCCAUUGGAUGGUUCUAUCUUUUAAGCAGUCGGUAGAGCUGACAGCAUAAGGAACUAAUGCUAGUCCGAAGUUACAAGAUUUCAGAUAGGUAAUGACAUUUAGUAGACUGUAAGGAUCUACAUCCUGCAUUAGAAAUGGUACGCUUGUGUUAAUGUCAAUAUGGGAAGCAUAAGCUCAUUCAGCAGCAACCCUCAUACUUGACAGAAUAAUAUACUUCUUGUGUGAUACUAUGACGAAAAUGAUUUGUGCAUCUAUUCAAUAAGGAGUAUAUAAAUUGAUGGCUAAACUAUGAACAUUGAAUCCCUACGUCAUAAUGACAGUAGGGUCAUCAGUAUUGUACAGUUGUUAUCAGACAAAUAGAUUAUUUCAGUUAGGCCAUUUGACCCAUUGUACAAAUGAUAAUUCAUAUUUAUGUGCGCUUCAAAUUACAGAUUGUCUCUGAAAUAACAUAUUAUAGGUGCGCUUCUACAACUGUACAAUUAUCGUGUUUCCUGUAUCUAAAUAUACUGAACCGCAAAAGAAACAUCACCAUGAAUAAAUAUAUGAGAAACCUUAUUUGUCCAAACACUGUUAAUAUACUUUGAGACAUAUUACAAAGAUGAAACUUAGCAAAACUGAUUACCAAGGUUGAAAUUUAAGUGUCAAAUGUUCUUAAAGUGAAACACAACACCAGUCUCUCAGAAAAUGGCAUCACAAGUCAGUAUCUCGGGUGUCCGCCAUGUGCAUUGAUGACUGCCGUGCAACAUCGACACAUGAAAUGGAUGAGGCGGUUGAUGAAAGCCAUAGGCACUUGCGCCUACACUCUGAGGAACGUCUUUGAAUCCUGUUUUUGACUGAGGGCAGGCCACUGCAUGGUUCUGAUGCAAUUCUGCAAGAGGAAGUCUCUUGUUGCUCUCGCAGUGUGGGCACGGGCGUUAUCAUGCUGAAACUCGUGCCAAAUGAGGUAUGACGUGUGGUCUCAAGACUUGAUCAAUGUACCGAGGUGCUGUGACACCAUUGCCUCUCCCUGGACCGAUGUACUGGAAGCCCACAGGGCCGACCCUCUGUGCUUCUGGUCGUCCGCUACGUUGUCGGUCAUCUGUAGUGUUGGUGGUCUGGUACCGUUGCUGGAGCCUUAUAUGGUCCUCACGUGAACUUGCCGGGCGGUUCGUCCAGCUCGCAAUCGUCCAAGGGCUUGCAAUCAAUUUCUUGUCAAUCUUGGUAUGUUGUAGCAAUUCAAUAACGAAUGCUAUCCGAUCUGGGUGGAUUUUUAUAGGGCAAGAAAUGGGGGAACGCAUGUACAUUUCAAUUUACACGGAACUCAUGUGCAUCGGUUUACCAUGGCCAUUGCCGUGAUGCGUUUGUGCGAUCGGUUUUAUUGUCAUCUGCUUUGUUUUUUUUAUCAUCAUUUUUUUUUUUCCGGACAAGGUCAUGUUAAAUUUAAGAAACUUUGAUAAAAAUUACCCAGAUAUUUAAAUGACAACUUUGCAUGCAAUGUUACUUCAUGCGAAGCCUAAUUUGACGGAGAGUUGUUCGACAUAAUCAGGGAGCCUUUGGUCAUUUCGGUUAUGACAUUGGUGACUUUAUCGUGGAGAAAGUUCCAAUUCAAGAUGACAUCAUUCCGAUUCACACCUCGAAUCGACAAGAUGGCGCCUCUCUUCCCGCCCUUGCAAGUGCAACAGAAACAUUGAUAUUCAGUGACGACUCUUGGGAUUAGUGAAUCAGUGUCGCAGCUAGAUUUCAUUGUGGAACCGAAUAUGUAUGUUCACACUUCUUUUGUCAACCAUGCGUGACACGGCACAGGCAAUCGCAGUUAGGGAAUGGUGCGGCCACCAUGUUGCAGAAAUUCGUCGAUUCGAAAACAUUGCUUCUGGACUGAGCUAAAUAAACGAAGUGUUUGGAGAGAUCGUAGAUACUUGGACUUGAAGAAACGAAAUUAAACGUUGCAGCAGAUGAAGGAUUGGUGUGGACAAAACGGGAAAGGGAUCCCAGAUUGUAUUUUAAAACUUGUGCGCGAAGUGUAUCCAAAUACCCCGAACAAAAAUUACAUGGGACAAGUGUGGAUCUAAUGAUCAAACUCAGUUUUGUGUGUGAAAAUUCUGUGAAUGAAAAGGAAAUUCAUAAUUAAAGUUGUCUUGGAAUAUG